UCUUUGUAUCGAUUCUACGACUGCUUCUCGAGUUGCUGCCCUUCGUGGUUGUGGCCGGGCUCGGUCAAAAUCCAAAGUGAGUAGGAUCCCAAAUAUAAACAACAACAACCACAACAACAACAACCACCAUCACCACAACCACCACAACCACACCGUCUACCGUCGCGUCCCUCGCCAGCUUCGUUCAUGUCCACGAGUGGACGCAGGGAGAACACCGCGGAGACAGGAGGAGGGAGGAAGCACGCACUCAGGGGUUGUGGGACAUUGACCAGUGACAAUGCAUCGGAGAGGAGUUGGAGCUGGAGCCAUUGCCAAGAAAAAGCUGGCCGAGGCAAGAUAUAAGGAAAGGGGGAAUGUCAUGGCCGAAGAUCAGCUCUCACAGAUGUCCAAGCAGCUGGAGACUUUUAGGACCAACCUGGAGGAGUUUGCCAGCAAACAUAAGCAGGAGAUCCGCCGCAACCCACAAUUCAGAGUGCAGUUCCAGGACAUGUGUGCCACCAUUGGCGUUGAUCCUCUUGCAUCUGGGAAGGGGUUCUGGUCGGAGAUGCUCGGAGUGGGAGAUUUUUACUAUGAGCUGGGUGUGCAGAUCGUGGAGGUCUGCCUUGCCCUUCGUCACCGAAAUGGAGGGCUGAUGAUGCUGGAGGAGCUACACAAUCAUGUGCUGAAGAGCAGGGGCAAGUACGGCCAGGAGCUUAGUCAAGAUGACCUAAUCCGAGCCAUAAAGAAGCUCAAGGUGCUGGGCAAUGGCUUCUGCAUGAUCCCCAUGGGUGGAACCUACCUGGUGCAGUCUGUUCCUGCCGAGCUCAACAUGGACCACACCACAGUGCUGCAAAUCGCUGAGAAAAAUGGCUAUGUGAGCGUUGAGGAAAUAAAAUCUUCUCUGAAGUGGGAAACGGAGCGUACAAACCACGUGUUGGCUCACUUGCUGAGGGAAGGACUGGCCUGGAUAGACCAGCAGGCACUCGGGGGAGCGCAGUACUGGUUCCCUGCUCUCUUCACCGACCUGUACAGCCAGGACAUCAGUCCCGACGAAGCCAGCUCGUAGCGCAGUUCAUUCUUGCAAAUGUGUCCUUUAUGGAACUGUGAGUGAAUAAAGGCAGCUGUUAUCUCCAAAUGGAUAUCAUUUUGACACGAGCUUUGUAUUUCACGGAGAACACUUUUUAAUUUUACACUCCCAAGUUCAUGGAGGAUUGUUUUUGUCAGCUGUCUCCUUGACUGAUGGAUAAAGGCUGGGUCAUAAUUAUGACCAAUGUAUGAGUACACAUCUUGCUGUUAAGUUCCCUGCUAUGGUCUGUUUUAAAGCUCUGAUUAUGUAAUCCUGAAGAUACAACACUCAUUUGUUAACAUUAAACUUGAUCGUUCCUGUAGAAUUAUUUCACAGCAGUCAGGCUUUGUGUUGACGAGUGUCCAAAUGUGGUUACCAAAUAAGAGCUAAGUGCCAACAGUAGGGCUAAAGGAUUACCCCGACAAGUUCAUUGCUUAGUGUGGGGGGAUUGUCUGUACCAGUUCGUAAAGGGUUUUGUACAUUUUUGCAUUGGACUGCUUUAUUUACAUUUCCACUAAACCUUAAAUGUGAAUUCCAAAAUGCAACUGCACAGUAAACUUUUUUAAAGCCAAUGUUUUUACCUCUGGUCCUGCCCAUGCAGCUCCCACCCAACACGCAUGCACCAUAAUAUAUUUCCAUUAUUGUGGAUCCAGGAAUAAGUGAAAAUUAAGGUUUAGGAAACACGUGGCCCUGAUGCUUCCAUUGAUAAUACAUUUUACUAUCAUUCAGAAUCUGUGAAAGCUGCCACUUAAGGAGCAUUUAAGCUUCUCUUUAUUUUGAUCCAUAAGAGGUUCUUGGGUGCGAUCGUGUAAAUUCACAAGAGUACUUAAAAUGAUCACCCUAAAUGUAUCCACGUGUAUUUCGGGGAAACAAUUACAUUCCUUCAAAACGUUGAUCAUUUUCCAUUACUAAAUAACAAUACUGUAAAAAAACUAUUCUUCCAAACUGCAAAUCUUUUAUAGUAACAGCCCAUGACAUUGAUUUGUGAAAAUGGCAUGUUAACUGAGUGGAAUUUGCACAUGAAGCAGUUCUAAAUGUUUUGCGAUUAAAAAAUUACACACAAGAAAAAUAA